AUGGGUGCAGCAUGUGCUAAUGCAAAAAUGAAUUAGACAGUUCCAUUAAUAAAAAUAACAAAUGGAGAAGAUUAGAUAGAUAAAAAAUAAGAAAAUUAAUAACAAUAAUAACGAAGUACAUCUUCUAGAGAACAAAACAUUACUAAAUUAAGCACACUUUCAAAAUAAGUUUCAAUUAUUUCAUCAGAUGGAAUACCUGCAAGAAAGAAUACAACAUAAAGAAUGUCUAUAUCAGGCGAAGAAAAAGAAAAGAAAUCUAAAGUUUAAGGUAAAAAUUAAGGAUUAGAAUAAUUGCUGAAACAAAGAGAAUUUAUACUUGAAAAGUUUUUAAAUGAUAUUUAAUUACUUGAAAAAUAAUUAAUGUCAGAUGUCAUUUAAAUGUUAAGAUUCUUUUUAUCGCAUUUAGAACAAUCUAAUAUAUAUUGGACUAAGUAAUUAAUAUUUUAACAUUUCAUAGAGUUUGGUUAAUUAAUAAGAAUGAUUACAGCAUUGUUGUAGGAUUUACUAAUAAUGUAGGAGAAUCUAGAAAAAUACGAAUCUUAUAUACUAAAUAAAUAGAAUUGGUAGCAAAUCUAUUAGAUAAUUAUCUAUUUUAUUAGCAAAUUGCAAAUUAUAAGAUACAUGAUUUCAGUUUUAGAUUAAAUAAGAAACACAAUAAUUAUUAUGUAUUUUCAGAAUAAGAAUAUUGUGAUAUGUCUUUAGAGAAUAUAUUAUUGUAACCAGAAGAUAUACAACCAUUAUUAGAAUAUUUACUCAAUACUAUCUAAUUUAUGCAUUAGAAUUUUUAUGUUCAUUCAGGGUAAUUCAUAUUUGUUAUUAAGAAUUAAGCCAUCCAAUGUUUACAUGAUUCAUCAUAAAUCUAAAGUAUUUAAAUUAGACUUAAGCUUUUCCGCUUUUAGAUUCUCAAGAAGACUCAUCAAAAAUAAAAUUAAAGAUUUUAGAGCCAAUCUUGUUAAUGAUUUAGAAGAUAUUGCUAUCCUUAUCAUUAAUUCAUUUUAUAAAGGUACUGAUAUUAGAUAAUAAUUAAAAUAAAAGAAUAUUGAUUUUGCUAAUAUCAUAGAUUCACUCUAUCAAAAGUAAAAAAAUAUUAUUGAAUCUUAUAUUAAAGAUAUUAUUCUCUUACUUUAUAGAAAUAGACAAUAUCUAUAUGAUCUAAAAGCAUCUGAUUAUGUUCAAUUCUUAAAAUGUCAUUCCAAUCCUGAACUUUAAAAUAUACUUUAAGAUAUUACUAAUCAUAAUUUAAUCAAGAAUGUACUUUUUGAAUAUUCUAAUAAUAAAGUAGUCUUUUAUCAUAUGACAUCUAUAAGAAAUUAAAAAUCAUAUACUUAAUAUGAAUUAAUUGAUUAAAAUGGAUAAUCAAUUAAUAUUGUUAAAGGAAGUGCUUAUAUUUAAGAUAAUAAAUUUUAUUUUGCUUUUUAAAAUAUGAUUGGAAUGAUAUCCAUUAAACUCAGUUCUGAAUAACUUGAAGAUACUUUAGAAAUGUUAUAAAUCUCUCUUAGAUAAUAUUUAGCUACUAAAGAAUAAUAAAAAAAAGAGAGAAUUGAUUCUGCUUAAAAAAAUUACUAAUUACAAUUAUAAAUUAAUCAACAUAGUCCUACUACUUAUAUAGAAGAUUAAUUCAAAUUUAAAGAUACUACUCAAACUUAAAAAUAGGCUAAUAAAAACUUUCAUGAUAGAAUUUAUUUUACUAAUUAAAAUUUAUAAGAAAUCUUCAGCAAUAUUGAUUUAGAAUAAAGAAAUUAUAUCACUGCUUAAUAAUUCUAUGACUUUCUAUAACAAUAAACAGAUUCUAUAGACAAUUCAUUACUAUAACAACUCUUAUUUGAUAAAAUUUAAGAAAUUGUUCUAUUCUUCUCUGAUAAGAACCUAACUUUUCAAGAAUUCUUAUAAAUAUUUUCAUUUAGAUCCAAAUAAUAAUUACCUAUUUAUAAAAAAAUUGUUAAACCAUUAAAAUAAGUUUAAAAUGUAAAAUCUUUCACUAUCAUUAAUAAUACUGUUCAUUAUUAUGAUGGUCAAUAUUUAUAUGAUGAUGAAAAUCAAAUUGAAAUUCAAUAUGAUCUAAAAUAUAUUAUAAAUAAUCAAAAUUAACUAUUGAUUAUUGGCAUAUAAGAUGGUUGUCUAUAUAUUAACAACUAAUUAAAUUAAAUUCAAACUGAUGUGAAAAUUAAAUCUGAUUUUGGAUUUUAUAAAUUUAAUGAUAUUUACUUUAUCAUUUAAUAAGAUGAACUCAUACUGUAUUCUCUAAAAUAAAAGAAAAGUGUUAAACUUAAUAUUAAUGGAAUCAAUUCAUCAUGUAAUUUAAUCUAUCAUAAGUACUUCAUUCUAUAUUUACAAAAUUAAAAUGUUUAUAGAAUAUUUAUAUCCUAAGAUAAAUGGUGCUUAACAUCAUUUAAUGUUUUUGAAGUCUUAUUUGAACAUGGUAGAUUAGAUUAAAAAAUCAAAUUAAAGUAAAUUAGUACCAAAUAAAAUUAAAGUGAUGAAUUAAUUGGAUAAUACUCCAUUAAUAAAGUUUAUUAUCCAAUUUCUAAUUAAAAUCCCUCAUUAUUCAGAAUUCUAUCUGUAUAAAAAGAUUAAUAAAACUAUUUACUAAUAUAAAGGAUUGUACAUGUAGAAUUUGAAUCUUUUGAUGAAUGUUAUUAAGUGUGUAAGUAUCUAGAUCCUUAUUUAUUGGAUUUCUUUUUAAGCAUGGAAUAAUAUGAUGGAAAAUUAAGAUUAAAUUAUAUUAUAGAAAAUUGUGAUCUUAUUUAAAAAGAAGAUUGUAAUUUUAAAUUAAUGAAAAGAUGUGUUACUAAAUUAAAUGAAUUAAGAUUGCAUGAUAUAUUUGUGUAAGAUAUGCAUCCAAAUAAUAUAUUUAUUACACCUAAUUCAGUUAUUUUUGCUUCUCUUAUUUAUAAAACAAAUAUUCCUAGUAUUUAUUAAGAAAAAUCAGUUCCAUUUAUGUCUUCAUUAGAAUAUAUGGAACCUAAAUCAUUUUUGGCAUAUACCUAAAAUUUAACUUAAAAUUAAAUAUUUAUUAAUCCUAGUAAAGCUAAUAUUUACAGUUUAGGAUUGAUAUUUUUAAGACUUCUUUCCAAUUAUCAAAUUAAAAAUACUAAAGAAUAAUAAUUUUAUUUGAUGGAAAUAAAUUUGGCUCUUUAAUAAUUUUAAUUCCCUAAUUUAAAACCAUUACUUGAAGAAAUGCUAAAAGAGAAUGAAGAAUAAAGAUAUGAUUCUUAUUAAUUAAUAUAAUUUAUUAGAAAAUAUUAAAAAUUAAAUUCAAAAGAAUUAUUCUUUACUUCACAACCAUUAUAAUUAUUAGAGGCAUAAUAAUAAUAAACCUUAUAUGGAUAUUAAAACAAUUCAAUUUAUCAAUUUCAAUAAGUAUUUAGAAUAUAUACAAACAUUUUAUCCAGUAAUUUAGAGAUAUUAUACAUUUAAUCAAAUGAUGAAGGCUAAUUAAUACUAUUAGCAAAAUCUUUAAAUUAAAAGACAUUUAAAUAUUUGUUGUUAUAUAUAUCUUUAUCAUAGAAUCAUUUUGAACAAUAACAACAGCAUUCAACAUUAAUUUUUGAAGAAUUAGUUAAUUUCUAAAAGUUUGCAGAAGAAGAAUAAGAUGAAAUUGAAAAUCCUUAAUAAUAAAUUAUAUAGUAAAAUUGCUUAUAUAUUUAAUCUCCUCAUUCAGUAAUAAAAGAAGUUUAAAUCCCAAUAUUUGAUUUAUAAAAUGUAAAUGAAUGUACAUUUUUAAUAAAUGGAGAUGAAUUUUAUUUUUUUGGAUUUGGAAUAACUAAUGAAGUAAGAAGAGUAGGAUCAAGAGAUUGUUUUGUAUAUAUGCCUAAAAGAAAUUUAUUUAAAAAGGUUGGAUAUAGAACAACUUACUAUGAAGCUUAAGUAUUAGAUUUUGGGGAAUAUUGGUUGCUAUUUGAAAAGAUUUCUAAUAAACAUAAAAUUAGAAUUCAAUAAAUAACUAAAACUUCAUUUUUAUGUACUGAAAGACAAUUAAAAUUAAAAAAUAGCAAUUAAGUAUUUUAUUUUAAAUAUAUGUAAAAUGUGAUCGCUAUAUCUAAUAAUUUAUGUUGGUAUAUCAAUAUUGAUGUAUUUAAAGCAUUUGAAAUAUAAUGUGAUAAUAUACCCUAAUAAAUAAUCUCAAUGCAAAACACUUUAAAUAAUACAAUCUUAACAUAGGAAGGUGUGUCAACUUUAUAAUUUGAUGGUAAUGUUUUAAAAGUAUAUUGA